AUGAACAGUGUAAGUUUUGGGGGAAUUCAUUUUUCUUUAGCUUCAUUCUGUGUCGACAUUCAGCUCCUCCAUCUUUCUUCUUUUACUGCCCAGAGGUAUUCAUUCUCUGGAAAAAAUGGGGAUUUACGUGUUGGGAUUCGGAGGGCAAAGAGGGGUAUUGGAGGUGGACCUGAGGUGUCUUCUGGAGGGAACUCUGGAGAUUCAAACUCUGCCUCUUCUAUGUAUAGGGGAUUUUCUGGUUUUCUGAGUGAAAACGGGAAUUUGACUAUGGGAAAUGUUACGAAAGGGAACGGAAACUGCAGUUUAGGUUUGAGGGAAAUGGGGAACUUUGUCAGUCAACUUUCGGUUCCAUCACUUCUUAGCAACACCCUCAAUCUCAGCAGCCCCUCGUGUUUUUUACAACACAAUAUUUCUACUGGCAUACAGGGAGCUAGGCAGGCUCAAUUCCGAUUAUCUUCACUAGAUCUCCACUUCAAAAAUCUGCAGGCGGGACUGCACUUGUUUGAGUCGAAAAAAGAAGCUUGA